GUAUGAAACUGAUGGAGAUUCUCAACUAAUUCAAAUGUAGGAAAUCCAAAAGGAGGUCGGCAAUCAUGUAUCAAUAGAUUCAAUACAAGGAUAGAGUUUGGUAUCAUUUGCAUGUGAGAUGUCCUUGAGGAUGAGGGAACUUCAGUAGGAAGACAAACCCAUGUGGUUUCUCACAAGCCAGUAUAUCCCUACCUCAGCGCCUCGUCCCAAUCAUUCAUGUACAAGAUGAAUUUCCACAUAUCCUUGCAGCUAUAUAUACACAUGAAUUAUCAGUUCAUGAGCAACUCAAGUCUUCUCCUUCCUAAGCAUCACAGCUUUCUUUUCUUUCCUCUAGUCCUUAAAAUUACUUUUCUUCCUCCUUUGUUUCGAAAUAUAGAAAUCAUGGGUCUACGCUUUCCUGGAAUUACUAAGACAACUUCAAUCCCGAAAGGCUUUUUUGCAGUAUACGUGGGAGAGAGUCAGAAGAAGCGAUUUGUGAUUCCAAUCUCUUUUUUGAACCAGCCUUUAUUCCAGGAUUUGUUGAGUCAAGCUGAAGAAGAAUUUGGAUACAAUCAUCCAAUGGGCGGUAUCACUAUUCCAUGCAGUGAAGACACCUUCCUUGACCUUACUUCCCAAUUAUUUUCCCUUUUUUCAACUCAUAAAACCAUGGGAUUCCGGCUGCCUGGAAUUGUUAACGGCAAGAAAAGUCUUAUUCAUUCUCUAUCUACUACCAAGACCUUAGAUGUCCCAAAAGGUUACCUUGCAGUAUAUGUUGGGAAGAAACAGAUGAAAAGAUUUGUGAUUCCAGUAUCAUAUUUGAACCAACCUCUGUUCCUCGAUUUGCUGAGUAAAGCUGAAGAAGAAUUUGGAUAUGAUCAUCCGAUGGGUGGUCUCACAAUUCCUUGCAGUGAAGACACCUUCCUUGAUCUCACUUCCCGCCUAAAUGUGUGAAGGAGCAGUAUUUGAAGUGGAUUUUGGAUCCGAAACCUCCUCAUUUCGAAACUCACUGGCACUGCUGAGUCAAGAUGAAGACAAGUUUAUGCUUGAUCAUCCAACUGAAUGGACUCACACCGGUUCAAGAAAAACUUUGUGAUCCCUGAAGCUGCAUUAAGCUGAGCAGGAAGAUACAAAAUUUUUGAAGCAGACAAAUGACGAUAUCAUAUGAGCACUCUAUAACAAUUGGUCCAAAGAGGACCCAAUUUUGAACUCACAGUAUUCUGUGUUUCAAUCCCUUGUAAACAUCUUUGUUGCUAUCAAGAAAAGUAUGGGAAUAUAUCUCAAAUCCUCAUCAACUUUCUUAUCUUUUAUUAUUCACUUGCUCUGAGGCCUGAUUGCCACAGCAUCCCAAAACCUAACAUUGUGAUGGUUAAAUGUAUAUUCACUUAUAUGUCAUGACUAUACUUCUGGCAAAUAAAACUGAUGAUUAUUUCUCACUAC